AACGAAAUGCGUGAAUAUACAUAGAAGGAGUGACGUUUAGUACUUUAAACACGUCGAGACAUCUAAAAUCGAGGAUAUCAGAAUGGGUGACCCAGAUCCUGCCAUUAUAAAGAAGACCCAAAACGUGUUGGGGAAAUACGUGAAAAAGCCGGCCCUUACGGACAAGCUACUUAAGAAACCUCCGUUUCGAUUUCUCCACGACGUCAUCAAUGUGGUCAUCAAGGACACUGAGUUUUUGAAGGGUUUAUUCACGUCGGAAGAACUGGUUUCUGAUAACAUCAAGGAUCGAGAUGCGAAGAUUGCUUACCUGCAGAAGUUAAUUGAUGUUACUAAAUCCGUUACCGGGCAAGAGUUGAAAAUUCGCCCUUCGAAGGUCGUUGCCGGUCUCGAGCCGGAUAAGACGAAUGAACUAUUGCAAGCGAUUGGCUACGCACUCGACAAGAAGCUAGACAGCACAAGUGCUGUGGAAGCCUACACCAAACAAGGAACGGCUAGUGGGACCGGAAACGCAAAUAAUGAAACGGUGGUCACGAAUGGUGCGAAGAACAAAGAAGAUAAAAAGGAAGAAAAGAAAAAGGACGAGAAGAAAAGCAACGACAAAGAGAAGGAUAAGAUGAAGGAAAAGGAAAAGACAAAGGAUAAGGAGAAAGAAAAGGAUAAAUCAAAACCAAAAGAGAAAGAGCGAACAAAGCGAAGUAGUGAUGCAGUGAAAGAUGAGUCAAAAACUAAGAAGGAAAAAUCCGACAAAACUAGCAAAAGUAAGGAAAAAGACAAAACUUCAAGCACCAUUAAAACAGAGAAACCAAAGGCCAGUAAAGUUGAUGCCAAACCGACAAGUGAUCGAAAAAAGUUGGAGAAGCAAAGAUCGAAAGAAAAGGAGAAAAGUUUGAAGCGAUCAGAUUCGAUCAAGGAAGAACCAACAGCGGCGAAUGCAAAACAACAGUUGCACAACAUUGCAGAAUCGAGCAUUGAAAACGAUAGUAAAGAUUCACUGAAGGAGGCUCAAGAAGUUUUGGAAAUGAAUGGUAAAAAACCUACUACUCCUGCCGAGGAUGAGAUGAUCGCCGUGAUAGACGAAGAAGCAGAAUUACGGCGGGCUGAGAAAAACUCCAGCCGGAGAUCAUCACUGAAAAAACAAGGGAGUUUGACUGCAAGUGAAAACAAUGCUCUCGGUGACUUGAACCAAUACAAUGGCCUAGAAGUCCAAGGUCCAAGUCGACAAAAUAGUGUUAUCAUGGGAGAGCCCAUUAGCAGACAUGAUUCGGAUCCAAUCGAGCCAAUUGCUAGCGAGAGGAUAUCUGCAAAACCACCGAUGAAUCGACAACAAUCGGUAGACAGCGUUAUGAGACCGAGAACUAGUCUACGGCCACCGAGUGUUCGACCGCCUUCGGCAAGACCUGGAGCUCCUCGACGAAAAGAGAAAAACGUUGAGAUAGUCCUACAGCCAAACGAGACAACGAAGUUGGGUGAGAUCAACGUUAAAAUGGAGGUGUUCAACAAUGAAUUAUUGGACGAUGAUGGUGAAAAUCUAAUCGUUAUCGAAGAUCCAACUCAGGUGGGCGAUGUGUACAGUGGAACGCAACCGGAUCUUGCUGAGGCGAAGGAAGAGCAGGAACAAGGUCAUCUAGUUCAGCAGAUCCUUGAGACGCAGAAAGAGUUCUCGAACAUAGCAGGUGCAGAAGUGAACCCGGAGGUCCCUAAGAAAGUGGAUGUUGAAUGGAGCGCUAGUCAACGACAAUCCUCUGUGAAACAGAUGGAAACCUUAAGGGAGUCAAUCCAAAAAUUGACACGAUCGGUGAAUCCCCUGGGGAAGCUAAUGGAUUUCAUUCAGGAAGAUAUGGAUUCCAUGGAGCGGGAAUUGAUCAACUGGCAGCAGAUGUACUCGCUAGCAAUUGUCGAUCUGAACAAGGAACGAAGCGUAAACGAAAAUGCAAUCGAGCCAUUGAAGCACCAGUUGGCGCAAAUUGAGACCAACAUAAAAGAAUACCGAGAUAUGGUGGACGUAACGAGGGCGAAUAUCCUACUAAACGAACAGAAAAUUGAGAGGUUAUAUAUGACAGAGAUUUAA